GUUUGGCAUAGUUGCCUUAUGUCUCAUGCCUCAGCUCUAACAUCUCUAACCUGUCUCUUAUCCAUUCCCUGGGUCUCUGCCACCUGCUACCUACCUGCCUGACCUUCGGCCGGAUCUCUGGAUUUUGAACCUUGUGACUUGUUGCUGCUGAUGGCCCUGCACGCUCCAUCUUCAGACAGCCUCAACAGCUGUGAGGAGGAGGACGACGAACCAGUCCUGGCAUUGAACCCAGAUCUUGAGGACAAGGUUCCUAAUUUUACUGCGAUAGAACCGACAGAUCAACUUAUUACUGCCACGACAGCCGUUGUUCUCAGAGGGAUUCAGAACAACCUGAACCAGUCUUCCUCCAAGAUUGAUCAAACCAACCUGGAGUGGCAGACUUUUGACGGCACUAUCCCCAAAGGAGCAGUUUCAAUCUACAACGGAUAUGUUGGACGCACCGACUAUGUUGCCAAAUAUAAGUGUACCGCUGGCUUCUACAACCCUGACAAGGGUCCUUACUGCCUCUACCCCUAUGGAGAAAAAGAGCAUCAAGGCUCCCCAUUUGAGAUCCUGGUGAACAAAGACAACUUUGAGUUUCUGGAAUGGAAGGAUGGCUCCUACGGUUCAGUCCCUCAGAAUUCAGUUAAGACCGGACCUGAAGACGUAUAUGUUGCGAAGAACAUGUAUGGUCUUGGGAAGGUACAUGUGAAACAUAAGGCCUUCUUCCUUCCCUGGGAAGGUUAUGAGUAUUGGUACAAGACCUAUCAGGUCCUGACCUAUAACAAUGAAGUAGUAAGCGAGCACAUAACUGAUGUCAAGUAUAAAACUGAUGAUGUUGAUAUCAUUAAGUAUCCUCCAGAGAACAUGCGCACAUCUGUCAUCUCCAACCGUGACAGCCGGCCAGUGACACAGACAGUUACCCUAUCGAAGAAAUUUCAAGUUGAGAAAAAGUGGGACCACAGCUUUUCCCUCACAGCGGGAGUCCGGGCUACCAUCACUGCUGGAAUCCCCCUAAUUGGCUCUACAGAAAUCGAGAUAAGUGCAUCGACAACCUAUCAGUUCACCAAGGGGACCACUUAUGUGGAGGCAACCGACCACACUGUCUCUAUUGAGCAGACUGUCCCACCAAAGCACCAAAGCACUGUCAGAAUGGUGGGAUAUAAGUACGGGGCAGCCAUCCCUUACACGGCACGCGUCUGCCGCACCUACAGAAACGGUGAGACCUCAUGGACGUCCAUCUCUGGGACCUAUAAAAGCGUCCAAAUUGGAAAGGUCUGUGGUGUGGUGGAUCCCAGUGAACCUCUAUCCUAAAGUCCCUGUCAAUGAAAGAAUAACAAAGAAGGCAUAUUGAGAUAUAGUACCUGGUAUAUUGUAUGUUGGACACAUGGAAUAUUGUAAUGAAAAGCUAAAAAUGACCCAGCUAAGAUGGCCGCAGGGGUGUUUCUGUGAGCGUUUGCUGUGGCCUCAGUUUUCACCAUGAUUUACUUUUAGUUGCCUUUAAGAAUUUAUCUUUUGAAUUGGUCAUCUCCAAUUGUUACACUGUUAAACAAGAGUCUACAGACCUGACCUGCACAACAAAAGUUGUAGUAAAAGUUGACAAAAGUCUCGUCCUUUGCCGUGGACCAAGUUCUGGUCUCUAAUCAAACCAUCUGGAACACCACACAGCAAACUGAAGUCUGAUAUGCCUUCCCACUUUGACUCAAAAAUGGAUCUUAAUUAAAGGAACUUAAAUUCAGUUCACCGAUCACAGUCCACACUUUGUGAUCAAGCCCCACAACUUGCUCUCUGAGUCAGCUCUAAUGAUGACAACAUAAGAUUUGCAAAAACGUGUCAGAACCCUGAAGAAAGAAAACUCCUGCCUGAAGGAAAAGGUUGAAGAAGAACUGAAGUCGGCCCUAUAAUCCUUGCUUCCUGCAUGUUUCUGAACAAGCUGACGGCCAGGAUAUUCUUGGUGUUACAAACCAGCUGAUACCACUUUUUCUUGGUAAAGAGAACCUCCUAACUUUGGUAAUCAUCAACCUGGCUCACCAUUCUGCCACUGCACGUAGACAGGAUUAUGUAGCCAGUCAAAGGCCAAUCCCGUUCAACUUCAAGAUCCAGAAUAAAAUGAGGAUCCUUCUACCCUACUGAAAUAAAAGGAACUCAUCUUCAAAGGUGCGUGCGUUGACAUGUUUCCAGAUUUUCAGUGCAGGGUUACCUUAGAAACAUCGACCGUUAGAUCCCAUAAAAAAGAAGCUCUGCAACAUAAGUUACUGUGUACUCUACUCUGCCAUGCUCUAAGUUCUCUGCCCUGAUAAUGCUGAGGUAUUUCCUCGUGACACGAAAUCUCCAUUAUUCCAUGGCUGAUAAAACUUCUUUCUUCCUCCGAAGUACUGUUUGUCUUGUUUCUAAAAUUAAUUUGUGAUGAUGGUACGACAUACCUUCGAUGUGCUGGAACCUGCAUCAGACUUUUGGGAAGGAACUUUGUCGCAACUGCAGCAUGUUGUUAAACGAAGCCAUGCCAUGUGAAUUCACUUUGUUUGCUGCAAAUCACACCACAAAGCAUCCAUGGAGUGGAUAUAAGGAUGGACAAAACAUCUCAACUUACCUCCACAAUAGAAAAAUGAAGCUAAAAUCCUCCAGAUAUUAUUAUUAUUAUUAUGCUGCUGACGUCAUUUGGACCCAGAGUCUGCGCAGUUGCGAUCUCCACGGUGUCGAGUUCCCGGCCAUACACCUGUCUCAACAUCCCAAUUAGCAAUCAUGACCUCAGUCCCCAUUUUUUUUUAACAUCAAAUAACCAAUUAAAACCAAACUUCUUCGAAAAAUGAACACACAAACAUCUGAGUGAAAAGAACUACCUAAAAUGUAUUUGACAUGCACUUUGAUCUUUUAGUUUGACCCAUGUUCCAUCUGCUAACAUGGAGGGGGCGGGGUAUAUAAACAAUACUGCAGCCAGCCAUCAGGGGGCGAUUGAGAUGUUUUGGUUUGUGUUGUUCAUCUUUAUUUUACAGUAUGUGUUUGUGAUUGACAGAUGAUAUCCUUGAUUACAUUUUAGAAGGCUCAGCCUAUUUGAUGGGAAGUGACUGAUUAUAUAUCUAUAUUUGUCUUUUUCCUCUUAAUCUACAUAAUAUUUCUGUCUUCAUUGUGAUUUUUCGUACUAUGGGCCUUUAGAUAAUCAUACCUCUGAGGGCUAAUUUUUACUUGUGACACAGUAUAUCAUUGCCAAUUAUUCAGAGUAAUUUACAUUUACCAUGCCAUCACAAAGCAUCCUGCUAAACCUGCUUUGCCUUUAUGUUUUUGUUCAGCUAAUUUGUUAUAACGUCUGUGUGCAUACCAAGUCACCUGUUGAUGUACUAAAGUAAAUAUUUUGUUUGCUUAUUGCUGCCUCUGUAUAAUUAACCCUGUAAAAGGUCUACAUGUUGUUCAUGUGAAUAUAAAGAGCUUACCUUCUAAAACUCAUCUCUUGGUGUAUUUACAAUAAACCCAGUGCAAUUACACUUUCUGAGACAUAAUUGAAAAUUAGUAUCUCUGAUAAUGAACUCUUUGAGCUCUGCAGUACAACUGGUCCGCCAGUGCCUGCAUUGCUACUUUUGCUUAUUGUAAUGCUCUUACAAUAUCUUCAAAUGCUUCAUAUACUAAAAAUCUGUACAACCUAUGCUAAAGGGUUAUCUCAGUCAAUUAACAAUAAUAAUAAUAAUAAUAAUAAUAAUAAUAAUAAUAAUAAUAA